AUACCCUUUUGGUUUAUAUCGUUUCACAUUUCUUCCUUCUAUAUAUACCAAACCUCCUGGUAUCACUCUCCCUCACGAAACAAGACAACCCCCGGCCUGUUUUGUCAAUCUCCAUUUCGUUCAAAGAAACCUAGAAACCAGUUUGAUCAUCAAUCUUUUACAUGGCUUCUUUCAAAUUCCCCGUCUUUCUCUUCAUUUCCUCUCUUUUCCUCCAUGCUUCUCUAGCUGAGAUUAUUUGUGAAGAUUUGCCAAAGGAUGUGUGCGCGUUUUCCAUAGCAUCUUCAGGAAAGAGAUGUCUUUUGGAAACGGCGGUGCAGAGAGAUGGGAACGUAGAGUACCAAUGCAGGACGUCGGAGGUGGUCGUGGAGAGAAUGGCUGAGUAUAUCGAGAGCGAUGAGUGCGUGCGUGCUUGUGGGGUUGAUAGAAACUCCAUCGGCAUCUCCUCCGAUUCCCUUCUCGAGCCACAACUCACCGCCAAGCUCUGCGCUCCCCCUUGCUACCAAAAGUGCCCCAACAUUGUUGACCUUUACUUCAAUUUGGCCGCCGGUGAAGGAGUAUUUUUGCCUGAUCUCUGCGACGCUCAGCGCACCAACCCUCGGCGUACCAUGUUCGAGCUUUUGAGCUCUGGCGCUGCUCCUGGCCCUGUUUCCAGUGAACCAGGAUCAUUGGUCGGUGAAGCCCCUGCCCCUGCUCCCCUGUGAUCAAUUUAACUAGUCUGUUUUCAAUGGUUUCUUCAGAAUUACAUUGCUUCGAGAUGUAAAUUUGAUUGAGGAGAAUAAUCUAAGAGAAUUUUAGAGAGAAGAGGAGAGAAUUCGGGUUUUGUUUAUAUGAGUGGAGUUUGGUGAGUGCUAUGGUGUUGCCUUUUUCCUGUUCUUCUCUUCAAAACAAACAUAUGUGUUCCCAUUCAUUAUAAAUUAAUACUAUUCUCUCUCAAUAAAUGAUAACUCUUUCUAUAGCAAA